AUGUCUCCAGAUGAUGAGUCGAAUCAUGUACCGAAGCGCAGAAAAGUUCGCAAGGGUACGCAGAGCUGUUGGGAGUGUAAACGACGCAAGGUCCGAUGUGUUUCGACCGAAGAUAUCUGCCACAAUUGCAGACGUCGCGGCACUGCUUGUAUAAGCCAGGAACUACCAGAUGUUUCGAUACCCAUUACUCCGAGCUCAGCAGAGGAAGGCGCGUGGGUACGUAUGGCCAUCCACCCAUCGAACUUGUCGAGUAUAUAUCUGACCAAGAAGCCUGGGACCAAUCUUCGUAACCUGAGCCACCUCCUCAGAUCGACGUGGCCCACCCAACACGAACUCGAUCAGAUUCUAGCCUUGCCAAUCGGUCUAUCAGUGCAAUACCAUAGCGAGGUUUGUAAUUUUUACAAUAAUCCAGCCAGUCAAAGCCUACCUUCAACGAGAGACAUGUUACAACUCCCACCGAUCGGCUCGCACCCUGUGCUCAUCGCACGAAAGCUAUUGUUGCUAGGCAAUUACUUACAAGGCGUUGUUCUUCCCAGUGACCAAGCAUCACAAAAACACGAACCGUGGUACCAUAAUAUCAUGUUUCGUGUCAUGGAUGCUGCCAUCAAGGUCACGAAGAACGAAGAUCUAGUCAGUUCUGUUGAAGGAAUCGAGUGCAUCAUGCUAGAGGCCACGUAUCAGAACUAUGUUGGAAAUCUUCAUCAAGCCUGGAUGGCAGUGCGAAGAGCAACCACGAUUGCGCAAGUGCUGGGACUGCAUCGCGGCAACAGCUCACCAAACUUGAAGUUCCUCGAGACCAUGAAACGACCACUGUUCGACAGUGAACAGACUUGCUUGCAAAUAGUUCGGAUGGAGUGUUACCUCGGACUCAUCUUGGGUUUACCAAGGAGCAGCCUCGAAGCACCACCACCCAAACCUGAAGGACUAGGGACAUGCGAGCAUCUGCAGUACAGCCACCUCAUUGUAGCUGACCGUAUUCUGAAGCGGUCGACUCCUCCCAGCCUCUUGGAGAUCCAAGAGUUGGAUUCGCUCUUGGAGAGGGCAGCGGCCAACAUAUCGCCUCAGUGGUGGUUGGUACCUGAUUUGUCUACAAGCAAUAGGACUGGCAACGAGAUCUUUCGGGAUAUAAAUCGUCUCAACGACCAGUUCGCGCAUUUCCACUUGUUGAUCAGAGUGCAUCUACCACAUCUGAUGCAGAGGACAUGCGAGAGAACGUACGACUACAGCAAAAUGACAGCGUUGAACGCUAGCCGCGAGACGCUGAUUCGUUACGUUGCGUUCCGCGACAGGAAUGCGGCGGCUUUCUAUUGCCGUGGCACCGACUUUAUCUGUUUCGCGGCAGCGACGGUAUUGAGCCUCGGGCAUAUCGAAUGUUCAAGAUUGAGACGGACAGGCGAUGUCGACAAGGCGUUCGGGCUUCUCGUUCACUCACGUCCGAGCGACCGAGGGCUUUUGGAGCGAACGCUGGAGGUUGUUCGAGGCACGUCUCAGGGCGACGAUGAUAGUAUUACACGGCAGAUAGUGUUUGUGCUUUCGCAGCUCUUGAGGAUAGAAGGAAGGGCGGCGAGCGGAGUACGGUACCGUGUUUGGGCGAGCGAGGACGACGAUGGGCAGGCGGCGUAUCACAGCGAAGCGAGGGGUGAAGGAGAAUUGCGCCUUCAUAUUCCAGCGUUUGGCAAGAUUGACUUUGGUGUCGAGGGGUCUGCGGUCAUGGUGUCCCAAGAGGCUGACCUGCUCGAUGUAGAUGUUUACGGCGUGACUGUCGAUGGAGAAGUCGCUGACGGUGAGUGGGACAUGCAAGGCAUUGAUCUGGCGCUGUUUGAGGAUCUGUUUGGUGGCAGCGAGCCAAAUCUCAUCGGUUAG